AGUUCUGGGGAAACAAGACAAACUCCCAAGAAGACGUGUGUUCAUCUAGCGGACGUUAGGUUUUUCUAAUUUAGCAUUUCUAGAAUUGAUCCGUGUCUGAAAAGACGCAACUGGCCGGUAAAUGUGGGCGGGGUGCUCUUAAACGUGCGGAAAGGGGCAAAACCUUUGCGUCGCAAGGAUUGUGAACACCGCUACGUGACGAAUUGCCAUACUGACUGCAGUGAAAAAUGAGCGCAUCUAGAUAAUAAUCGCCAAUGUCCGUUCGUUUGCGGAUGAACGACAAAAUGUGAUGGAUUUCAAGAGCUUACAGAAUUUAAGGUUAUUGUAUGAUAAACGCCCGUUGCAAGUGACUGUGAAUGUUAAAAAGACAAAUCUUCAUAUGCCCUCAAUUUAGAUAGGCUACAAAACGUGGGUAGAUGGCGCGAGAAGAACAAAGUGGACUUCACUAAGAAAUUAAAAGCGAUUCGACGCGACAUGGAUGUAAGCUGACAUGUGAAAUUAAACGGGAGUCAUGCAACAGGUUUUCUAUUGAAACACCAAGCCAUGGCUACGGGUGCCUACAUAACGGUCAAUCGGUGCCCUUGGGUAUUGAUUUGGACUAUUGGCAUUGCGAUGGCGUGUUUUGAUUGUUUGGCCGUGGCUUCCCCGGCACACAGUAAUCGUUUGAUAUGCUGGCAAGCUAUCAUGAAAUGUCAAGGAGAACCACAAUGUUAUUACGCUUAUACUCAGUAUGUGCACGCGUGCGGACCGGUGAUUAACGGACAUAAAAAGAAGUGUCCGAGUCACUGCAUCUCUUCCAUCAUACAGCUCAAUCUCACAGAGAAUGGCCCGGGGCUGGAGAAUUGCGAGUGUGCUUCGGACCCUCUUUGCAAAAGUACCAAACGCGCAAUUGAGCCGUGCCUACCUAAAAUAAGGCAUACUGGCUGCACCGAAGCCCGUAAGGAGUGUGAGAAGGAUCCGGAAUGUGGAACUGCGAUGCGGGAUUACCUUUACCACUGCCGAAAACUUUUCGGAGGUGAGAGGUGUUCGGAUGACUGCAGACGGGUUAUCACACACAUGCACAGCAUACCGAAAGCACGGCUUCUGGAUACGUGCGUCUGCGACGGGACGGAGAGGACUAUAUGCGAGUACGUCAAAGUUAGCAUGAGGAACCUGUGUUUUAAUUCGCCCGAUAGACAUGCGGGCAGUGGUUUUUCAGAUGAUGAAGACGACCUCGAGAAUGAUUAUGAGAUGGAAGAUUAUGAGGAAGAAGAUAACGCAGGUAGCACUUGCAGAGUGCGCAGUGUUCUCACGGUGACGUCCACCAUUUUAGCUCUUGCGUUUCUUCUAGUGCCCUGAAGCAAAGACUCGUUUUUUGAAAAGUACGCUAUAUUUAUUGUUUUGUCUGCCUCUUCAGAUUAUGAGACAUAUUCAGAGCACAACUUUACAGUUCCGCACUUUUUGAAAAGUUAUCACAUUGGUCGUCAGGCUGAGAUGCAAGUUACCUGAAACCAAUGACCGAAGAGAAAGUGUAGCUAGUAAUCCACUAACAUCCGAUACGAUUUCAGUUAUGGAGAGCAUCACCGUUACAACUACUCCAAUGUAGGACUUGCAAGCAACGUAAAUUUGGACUUUUAUGCAGAUAAGAUGAAUAAGUGCGAAGAGAUAACAUUAUUAGAGAAUGUAAAGGGUAACUGUGUAAAGGCAGAACCAGCCUAUGAGAAUAUUUUGUGUAUAUUUGUAUGCUGUUUCUGUUGCAUUGUACAAAUUAUAUUUUUUUAAAGAUUGAAAUACAAUACAGUAAUGAGUUGUUUGAA